AUGAUGGCCAUGAACGCCAAGCAGCCGUUCGCCAUGCACGCCGCCCUCCAGGAGCCCAAGUUCUCCAGCCUGCACUCCAGCGCGGAGGCAAUGCGCAGAGUUUGCCUCCCGGCCCCGCAGCUGCAGGGCAAUAUAUUCGGGAGCUUCGAUGAGAGCCUGCUGGCCCGCGCGGAGGCUCUGGCCCAGAGCACCAUCUGCCGCUUCGAGUCCCUCACCCUCUCCCACAACAACAUGAUCGCCCUCAAGCCCAUCCUGCAGGCCUGGCUGGAGGAGGCUGAGAAGUCCCACCGCGAGAAGCUGGCCAAGCCCGAGCUCUUCAGCGGCGCGGAGAAGAAGCGCAAGCGGACCUCCAUCGCCGCCCCCGAGAAGCGCUCGCUGGAGGCCUACUUCGCCCUCCAGCCCCGGCCCUCCUCCGAGAAGAUCGCUGCCAUCGCCGAGAAGCUGGACCUCAAGAAGAACGUGGUCCGCGUCUGGUUCUGCAACCAGCGCCAGAAGCAGAAGCGCAUGAAGUACUCGGCCGGCAUCUGA